UCUGCCCGAGGCCACGGCCACGGAGUAACGCGACGCUCUCAAUACGUGUCAAACAUCAAUUCAAUAAUGUUUUAAGUGCUGUGAUUACUGUAAAUAAUAAACUACUGUGUUUUGACAAAGUGCACGCUUGAACAACAUUCAAAAUGAAUAUAAAGGCGGCGUUGGCCAUUUCGAUGGUCUUCAUUGGAUGCUGUUCCAAUGUAGUAUUCCUGGAGUUAGUGGUGAAAGAGGACCCUGGCGCGGGAAACCUGGCCACUUUCCUCCAGUUUCUCUUCAUAGCCGUAAUGGGCUUCUGUACCGUCGGCAAAUUCGGGACGGCACCCAGGAACAUACCCUUCAAGCAGUACCUGAUCCUCGUAGGCUUCUUCUGGACUAGCAGUGUGGCCAACAACUACGCGUUCGACUUCAACAUAUCCAUGCCUUUACACAUGAUCUUCCGAGCCGGUUCCCUCAUGGCUAACAUGGCUAUGGGCGUUUGGAUCCUCAAGAAACGGUACCCUCCGCUGAAAUACCUGGCAAUCUUCAUGAUCUCAGCAGGAAUCGCGAUAUGCACUGUUCAAUCCAGCGGCGACGUGAAGGCACCCCGCGAAACACACGACGAUGCAGCUGAGGAAGAACGACUGAAGUUCAUUGAUUGGCUCUGGUGGUGCCUCGGCAUUGCCAUACUAACCUUCGCGCUAUUCGUCUCAGCCAGAAUGGGCAUCUUCCAAGAGUCCUUAUAUUCCAAACACGGCAAACAUCCCUGGGAGGCGCUUUACUACACGCAUUUACUGCCAUUAGUAUUCUGGUUACCCACCGCCCCUAAUUUGAUUGGACAUGUAAAACUUGCGACAGAAACACCAGAGGUAGAAUUCCUAGGUCUAAUUUUGCCUAGGCAAGUUUUGUAUCUAAUCCUGUACGUAUCCACUCAGGGUUUGUGUAUUAGUGCUGUGUAUGUGCUGACAACGGAAUGCGCGUCAUUGACGGUCACUUUGACAGUGACACUUAGGAAAUUCGUGUCCCUUUUGUUCUCGAUCGUGUACUUUAGAAAUCCGUUUACAAUGGGUCACUGGAUAGGAACACUAUUAGUGUUUAUUGGCACAAUGAUCUUCACUGAAUUGCUGCAGAAGUUUGUGGCGUUGUUCUUGCCAGCGAAAGUGGAGAAGAAGAAGAAAAUGUAAAUAGUAAAAAGGACUAGUUUAAUUCAAUAUUUCAUGGUGAUUCGAAUGCAUUGCCGAUACUAAAUGCGCGGGAAAAAGUUGUGAUACGAGUAAGUGAAAAUGUGAUUACUUUACCUCGGAUUUUAAAAUGAAUGAAAUAUGAAUUUUAUGAAAAGAUGAAAAUAAUAUAAAGAUAAUAAUUAUAUCAGAUUUUAUGAUUAUAAUAACUUAUGAAUAAAAUUAAAUGAAUAGUUGUUUCCAUAUAAAAGUAAAGAUCAAUAGAAUUUUAAUGUAGAAUUAUGAAAGAACAUGUUCAGUUCAGGAAUAAAUUAAAUGGACAGUUAGUUUUAACAAAAAUGGUAAACGGAGUGUGCCAUUUAGUUAAAGUUAUGAAUUCCUAAAAUUAGAUCGACAAAUCAUGGUCAAGUGGUGAGUGGGAGUGUCAUUUGAUAUUAACAUAUCUUUGAACA